GCCCAGGGCUUCGGACUGCUGGAGGAGGCGCGGCCCCCGCACCAGCUGCCGGCGCCGAAGCGUUUGGCGACGGAGUCGGAAAGCUCGAAAGUUGGCUUCCGCCACCUCUUCGUGGCCAUGGCCCUGGUGCGGAUGAUGGCGCUGUGCGCCUCCGCGUACUUCUGCUGCCAAUAUCUGGUCCGCUAUGGCCCGGCAGUGCAACAGGCCCUGCCCGCGUGGAUCUUGCGCCUUCUCGUCGUCAAGACCAUGCCAGCAGAGCAAACCUGGAGUCAAGCCCUCAGCCUCUCGGCGCCGUACGGGGUUCUCGUGGUCGUCUUCGCCCACGACCUCCUCCGUUGCAAGCCCUGCCAAGAGCAGAAGAAGAUGACCCUUUCGCAGCUACUUUUUGAGCGCCUCUUCGGUGUCCACGGGUGCUACCACACGUUCAAAGUAGCCGCGCUGCAGCUGCUCACAAUCUUACUGCAGGCCUGCGGUAAAUUGAGGUUGCUGGCAGGCAUCGUGACAUUUGCCAUGCAGCAAGAAAUAAAGAUGCUGUCAGCCCUACAGCUUGCCUUUUGGUGCUUUUGGUCCAUGCUUGCCCUGAAUGCCCUCUAUCCGACAGUGCUUUUUCUCUUUCCUGGUGCCGCCUGGGCUCGCUACGGUGCAGCCGUCAUGGACGUGAUCUUAGACUUGGGGUAUAUGCUCAGCUACAUGAUACUCGUGGACGCUUGGGCUGCAAUGCAUCGGGGGGCGGAGGUACUUGGGAUCUCCGAGCUGGACAUGGAGACGUCUGUCACAGGGAACUUUGGAGAUCUGUCGGAGCUUAGCUUUAGCAACAGCAUCAGCCCAGCAUUUGCUUUCCCUUCGGACAUCCUCCAGUUCCUGGCGGUCUACAUGAGCAUUGCCCACAUCUGCUGCGCCUGCCGUUCUCUCGAAAGGCUCAAGCUUGCACUUCAUCUGUAUAUUCAGCUUCCGUGCAAGUUUAAGCUGGAAAGGAGCCUUGGCCAGAAGCAGCACUGGGACAAGCGCACCGGCUUCGGAAAAGCGCAUCUCCAGUCUUGGCGCUUUGGGCUUGCCGGGCGAUGCCUGACCUUGGUCUACUCCCCAGCGCUGCUGCUUCUCCUGAUUUCGUUCCUCACCUCGCAUGAUUUCUACCCUGGUCACGCCGGCGACUUCAGCUGCUUCCCCUGCCGCUGCUCCCAGGAGCACCUUGAGCGUUGGAAGGUCACCGAGGGGUCCUGCACCCUGCACGAGAACGGCUGCAUCACCAGCACCAAUUAUCCCUUUCUUUAUCCGAAACCCGACACGUGCACCAUCCAGGUCCACGAAGGCAACACCUGGCACAUCCAGGUGGAAGAUUUCGCGACGCAAGAUGGUGAUGACACGUUGAGUGUCAAUGGUGUCGAGUACAGCGGCGUCGGCUCCUACAAGGGUCCAGGCGGCAUCGUGCCAAGGGGGAACAUCGAGUGGCGGGCCGCCGCCCAGCUGCAUUUAGGGGUCACGGUGGAAGAUCUGCCUGCGCCCGGCCGUGCGGCUGGAAAGCUGUGGGUUGGCAGCGGUGCAGCAGGGCUCCGACAACCGGCGCUGGCCGUUACUGGCUUCGACGACAUUGCCGAGGACGCCUUCGACUUGCUUGGCUGUGACUUAAAGCGCCUCUCCCUUACGAACAUCAGUAUGACCUCGCUGCCACCCAAGCGCUUCCGGCACCUCGCUUGCCUACAAGCCCUCGAUCUUGGCAAAGGACACCUGACCAACAUGGAUGACGAGGCCUUCAAAGGGCUAACAGAGCUUCGGCUCCUUUCACUCAGCGAGAACAGGCUCUUCAACCUUUCGACUCAGCUUCUGCAACCGCUGCGACACCUGGAGCAGCUAUACUUAGGUGGCAAGACGGGCGACCGCGGACAAGUAAUUGUGAUCGGGAACAAUCUGCUGAGUUUGCCGGACGGCGCCUUCGCCCAGCUCCACCGCCUCCGAGUCCUCGACCUCGGCAGCAAUAAGCUCCACGACCUCUCCAACAGCACCUUCGAAGGGCUGACCUCUCUGCAGGAGCUAAGUUUGCCCAUGAACAGGCUCACAGAGCUCCCGGAGGGGAUCUUUCAAGGGUUGAGCUCUGUGCAGGAGCUGGAUUUGCGCGGAAAUUUGCGCUCGUACGAGCUGGGUGCGCCCUCUCUGCAGAAGCUGGACUUGCAAAUGACCAAGCUGGCAGAGCUUCCGGAACGGAUCUUUGUUGGCUUGAGCUCCCUGCAGGAGUUGGAUUUGCGCUGGAACGAGCUGGCAGAGCUCCCAGGAACGAUCUUCCAAGAUUUGAGCUCUAUGCAAAAGCUGGAUUUGUUCGGCAACAAGCUGGAAGCGCUCCCAGAGGUGAUCUUCCAAGAUUUGACCUCUCUGCAGAAGCUGGGUUUGUCCAUGAACAAGCUGGAAGCGCUCCCGCAGGUGAUCUUCCAAGGUUUGACCUCUCUGCAGAAGCUGGAUUUGUCCUUCAACAAGCUGGAAGCACUCCCGGAAGUGAUCUUCCAAGAUUUGAGCUCCCUGCAGAAGCUGGAUUUGCAAAAGAACAAGCUGGCAGAGCUUCCGGAAGAAAUCUUCGUUGGCUUGAGAUCCCUGCAGGAGUUGAAUUUGUGCUGGAACGAGCUGACAGAGCUCCCGGAGGGGAUCUUCGUUGGCUUGAGCUCUCUGCAGAAGCUGGAUUUGUCCAUCAACAAGCUGGAAGCGCUCCCGGAA